UAUUCUAGUUUUUUAGCAAAUUGCUCUUGUCACACUGCUGAUUGCAUUUAUUAUACAUUAUAUGUAUUUGUUUAGAGACUGUUUUCACUGUAAAGAUCUUUUUUGGUUUGGUGUCAUGCAGAGAUUUUAGGAAAUGCAAGGAAAUUAAUGUUAUAGUUCCGUAUAUUAUUUAGAGAGGUUAACAUUUUCAUUGUCAUUUUUUUUUUUUUUUUUUUAUUCGGAACAUCCUUUAUUAUAGAGCAGUGAAGAAUGUGACUUAACCUAUCACACCGCCUUCUAUGUUUAAUGUUCAAGUUUAAUUCAUAAGUACCUGCUGUAACUGUAAAGCAGACAUCUCUUGCUGUGAACCCGAGGUUUUUUUUUCUACAGCGGGGCAAACAAUUCACUGAGAUUUUCCACAUUCUCUGGUGCUAAUCAGCACUCCCACUCCCUCACUGUAUAUAGUAAUGUAUGGCUUCUUUCUGCCAAGCGGCUCUCGCAUCUGUUUCCGGCUGACUUUAGGGAUGCAGUGAGGUUUUAGGAUGGGAAAACUACAUGACCUUGGGCUUUUGUGUAAAAGGCAUGCACUUCUGGCUAAUGACCAAGAACAGUACUGUCACUUCAGAUAUUGCUUUAUUUGGCUUUGGGAUUUGUGUAUACUUUUGGGGGACAUGCUCGGUGCAUGUCUGUAUGUGUGCAAUGCAUUUAAUGUAUAAGCUGCAUGAAUGUUUGCCAACUGUAUGAAUAUUGAGGUUGCCUGGUGUCCAAUCUUCCAUACCAAGCCAAAAAACGCUGUACCUACAUAUUUGUUAAGACCAGAUUUAUACAUUCUUCCCUGUUUCCUGCAGUAGAACAAUCCAUUUUGAUGCUCAAACGUCUUAAUUAUUGAGUUUUGUUAUGCUACACGAAUGAGACAGAAGCUAAAUUCAAUUAUAUCGAAAUAACAAAGCAACAGUGGACAAACUGCUAAAAGCUAACUAGCACUAGCUAAGUAGCACUAAUUGCCGCCUCUGCCUCUUGAGGAGUUUACGUGAUUUGAUGUGGUUAAGAUGCCUUUAAAUCACAUAUUUAAAUGUAUUUAAUUAAAGGUUCCUUUUAUUAAACUAGCUAAUUAGUUCAAAUAGACAAGAAAGUUGAAGAAGCAAGAACAUAUUUUGUUUGUAGAUGUGUUUUUUGUGCACCCUUUAGAUUGCCCCCCCUAGCGCAGUACCUAGCCUAAAUGUUGCUAUAUGCAAGGUAUGUGGCAAUGGUUAUAAUCAGCCUGAAAAGACAUACAAUUUAAGUAUUAACAGUUUAUAAUUGUUAUGCACAGUUUGGCUAAAAAGCGGCAAACUUUUUUUUUGUUCCUUUUUUUUAUAUUGGUGCAGUUACUGCUCUGUGCCUUUUGAUGCACUAUAGAGAGCAGCAUAUACUCCUGCAAAGCAGCUGACUUGGAUGCUCUGGACUACACACUAUCAGACCUGUGUGUUCUGUAUUAUAGCCCUGUAAGGUAGUAAUGGUGGAGAGACACCUUCCUCAAGACAUUUAAACCUCACACCUUAAAACUUCAUUUCAAUAAAGCCACGGUGGUUUACUGUAUAUUCCUUAGCGUUUAUUGUCCGUGUGAGCUGGAGGAGAGCAGAAGGUUUUCUUUCACAAUUAGCUGCCAGCUGCUGGAGAGUGUGACAGUGAAGCGGUUUGAAGGGUAGGUCAAAGCUUCAAAGGAAACUCUUCCACAUCUGCUUUCACCUCCAAAUGGCAGAUGAAGCAACCAAAUGUUGCCACAGUCUCUUUUCUGUUCUCUUAAAGUGACUCAUUUGUUUUAGGAGUCAGUUCAUUGGCUACAAACACAAGGGCGUUGGAAACUUAGUGAAACGAAACAGCGCUUUCCUUUAAAUUGCUUUCAGGAACAUAUGACCUGUAGAUCUUUACGAUAGCCUCACAAGUGUAAUGACAUUUUUAUUUGCGUUUGCGUAUUAUUGAUGGUAGGGCCGCAUAUUUUGAUAAGACGGUGUAUUACUUCAUUUCAUCAAUCAUUUUCCAGGAUUGGAGCAGAAACAGAUGACCUGGCAGGCGGCGCUAAUAAACCUCAAACGCAGAAUACCUCCAACUCGUUGAUUUCCUGCCAUCGCAUCAGUCUAGAAUGAUUUUGGGUGGAUAGCGCUCCAUGUGCGACCACUCAAUGAUGUGACAUGGCUGGACAGAGACUGAGCACUGAAUAUCUCCCCUGCUCUGGGAAGAACGGACUGUGUUCACUACCCUCUGGAUAUCAGUUUGAUCAUGUGAUCCAUCUUGCAUUUUAUGGGUGAGCAGAGUCAAGUCAGCCAAAGGAGUCAUUCAUCGCUCUGGGAGUCUACAAUGUGAGCUCAUGAGAAACAUUAAACAACGCCGGCCUGUGUUGGUAGAUCUGCUGGUCUUUGCUUUGGUAUUUCAAAGCCAGUGAACUUGACACCAGGAGAUAACUCCAUCCUAGGCUCAUAUUCUUUGUUGAUGAUGCGUUAAAGCCGGGGAUACGGAGACCGUCUAUAGUUGCGAUGGCCGCUGCCUCCUCCCUAGAAAAGGAUCAGCCCCUCCUCCAGUUCCAGGAGGUGGACUCCAGUCGAAUUAACUGUCGCGUCCUUCCUCCGGUCCUCAGCUCCUCCUCUCCUGGCUUUUCCCUGGAAACAAGCCAGCCCAUCUGCAUCCCGUCCCCCUACACCGACCUCGGCCACGACUUCACCACCAUACCUUUCUACAAUCCAACUAUCUUCACUUAUGCCAGCCCGGGCAUUUCAGACUGCCCCUCCAUCCAUCGGUCACUAAGCCCCUCCUUAUUCUGGCCCAGCCACGGCCACGUGGGGGCACCCAUAACCCUGCGCCACUCCCAGACUCGGCCUCAGCACGGGCAGCCAAUCCAGAGUCCAUGGAUGGAGCUGACGCAGCGGGACAGUGUCUUAACAACCAGUAAGAGUGUGAGGAGGCGUUCUCAGGACAGCGAGGAAGCCGUGGUGUCAUCUGGCGGGAAGGCCGACCUCCACUACUGCGCCGUGUGUCACGACUACGCCUCGGGCUACCACUACGGCGUCUGGUCAUGUGAGGGGUGCAAGGCCUUCUUCAAGAGGAGCAUCCAAGGACACACUGACUACAUCUGUCCAGCAACCAAUCAAUGCACUAUAGACAAGAACCGCCGCAAGAGCUGCCAGGCGUGUCGCCUUCGCAAAUGCUGUGAAGUUGGCAUGACCAAGUGUGGUAUGCGAAAGGAGCGUGGAAACAAAAGGAACCCCCAGGCGAGGCGAGUGACCCGUCUGUCCUCACAGGGCAGAACCAACGGACCAAAGAUGUUGGCCGGACCAGCGAUCGGUUUGUUAAACGAGCCCCACCCUCCCGCACUGACCCCAGAACAGCUGAUCGGGCGGAUAAUGGAGGCGGAGCCGCCGGAGAUCUACCUCAUGAAGGACAUGAGGAGGCCGCUGACUGAAGCAAACGUCAUGAUGUCGCUCACCAACCUGGCUGAUAAGGAGCUGGUUCACAUGAUCAGCUGGGCCAAGAAGAUUCCAGGGUUUGUAGAGCUCAGCCUUUUGGACCAAGUGCACCUGCUGGAGUGCUGCUGGCUGGAGGUGCUGAUGAUCGGACUGAUGUGGAGAGAAGAGGGGAACUGUGUCCAGGGGCUCUCAGAGAUCUUUGAUAUGCUGAUAGCUGCUACGUCCAGGGUGAGAGAACUCAAGCUCCAGAGAGAGGAGUACGUCUGCCUCAAGGCCAUGAUCCUCCUUAACUCCAACAUGUGCCUCAACUCGUCGGAGGGCAGCGAGGAGCUGCAGAGUCGCUCCAAGCUGCUGCGUCUUCUGGACGCCGUGACGGACGCUCUGGUGUGGGCCAUCGCCAAAACCGGCCUCAGCUUCCGCCAACAGUACACCCGCCUCGCCCACCUGCUCAUGAUGCUCUCACACAUCCGCCAUGCCAGCAACAAAGGCAUGGACCACCUCCACUGCAUGAAAAUGAAGAACAUGGUGCCUUUGUAUGACCUGUUGCUGGAGAUGUUGGACGCCCACAUCAUGCACGGCUCCCGUCUGCCCCGCCGGCCUUCCCAGCAGGAGCCCGGGGACCAGGCGCAGGUUGCUGCUCGGCCCCACGGCUCCAGUAGCGGACCCUCGGAUACCUGGACUCCCAGCAGCACUGCGAGCGGAGGUGAACGGAAGUAGUUCGAUGCAAUGAGUUUUCACCGCUUUUGCACGAAAGUAAUUCACGAGACUGAUGAGACUUUUUGCUGGAACAUUUGGCUGAAUUCUGUGACAACGUGUACUCAUGAUAGUGAACUUUUGAAUCGUAGGACGUUACUCUGCAGACAGACCAAACUCUCUGUAUUCACAGCCUUAUCACUACAUAUUGAAAAAUUAGAAUGGAAACCAAUUCUUAUUGAUAAUUUGGCCUGGAGCACCAGCUCUUGUUUAAACGUUGAUGUAAUAUGUUACUGCCAUGAUUCUCUUGAGCUGAGAAGCUAAUUUCAUAUUCAAAUAUUUAUCGUCCGUGUCUGGUAUUGUUCUGGAGGUCCAACAGAGAGCGCUGGGUGUAAAUAAUGACAAAAAGAGAUAUGCACAAGCCCUGUUGGAUAUAGAUGGGUUUGGGUGAUGCGAUGAUAUAUAAAAAGACAAUAAAGUGAAUUGUUAAUCUUAUUUCGAGGUAGCUGUUUAUUUAAUGGCUGAGUGUAUAUUCAAUUUGCAUAUUUUUUUUUUUUCAUCCAAAUGAUAAAAUACCUAAAAAGGUAUUUAUUUCUCUGGACUAGACAAACAUUCCCAUCUAUUCAUUUAAUCUAUAAAUUGAUCAAUACCACUCUCCCAUCUCUGCGAUAAAUAGGUAUCGCAGGCGGUUAGCUUAGCAUAAAGACGGGGGAAAACAGCUAGCUAACGGCGCCUCUGAAACUCACUAAUAAUAUAUAAUGAUAUGUUGGUUGUUUAAUAUGUACAAAAAACAUAACCAAUGUGACAUUUUAGGGUUUUUUUUUGUACAGAUUAAACAAAUGAGAUAUGUUGGUGAGCUUUAGAGUUGCUGGUAACAACAAGUUUCUGUCAUAAUUGACGUACACAGACAUCAAUGGUUUCGAUCCUCUCGUCUAACUCUUGCCGAGAAAUGCAAGCAAGUGUACUCUAUUCACUAUUUAUUUAAUGCAAAAUUACAUAUCAUGUGAUAGAAGACGGUAUAGUUAUUUAGUUAGCAUUCAACAACUACAGCACCUGUAAGACUUUGAACGCAUACAUGUGGCUAAAAUAUGGGAACUGCUGCUAAAUGCUAAAAAUUGUUUUGUCUUGGUUAAAAUGAAUAGAAGUCCAUUUUAGUAGUAGACGUAGAUACACAUCUAGCUUAGAACAUUGACAGACAACAUUUCAGUUUCAGGCCACUGAAAGAUUGAAAAAGUAUUUGAGAAUUGAAACCAGCUGUUUUGUCAGAGCAGGGCCUAUUCCUGCUCCUACUGACCACUAGAGGGCGCUUUACAGCUCAUACUCACACCUGAGGGCCUUCUGUAGAUUGGUCAAUUGUCCCUGUACAGUCCUGGCUUCCUCAUCAGAGAUAUAACAUGUGUUUUCAGAGAGGAAAAAGUAUCAUAACCAUUAUUGCUCUUAAGACAACAUUGCACUCGACCUGUGAAGUUUUGCUUAAAGAACAGGAAAAUUAUUUUUGUAUCUUAGAACUGUCUACAGUAGCUCGUCAUCGUGUGCACAGUCGUGCUUCGACAAUCAGGAUCACUGCAAGAAGGGCGCAUAAUAUGUAAAUAUAUGCUUUUCCUCUGGUCACACUCUUUAUGCAUUCUUGCAAACUGUAUUUUGACUGUGUACUUAGGUUGUACUUUAUGUUCCCAGACAAUAUUGUGAUAAUGUGCCUAGUUUGUUUCUGGUGAAAGGACUUCUGGGUAUUCCAUCAAUUAUCAAACGGUAUCUCCAGUGUGUUCCACCAUGCAGUUUGACCGAACUACGAACUAUGUUGUUUUAUAUUUUAUGUCUAAAAAGAUACGUUUACACAAUUAUGUGUAUAAAACUGCCUUAAUUAUGUACGGUUGGCUUCAUAAAAGUAACAUUGCAAUUUUAACUGUUUGAUGUAAAACAAUGGAACGUCAUAAAAUGAAUGGAUAAUGCAUACAUUUGAAUUAAAAAACAUCUGAUAAAAGC